AUGGAAUUGGACAAUGGAACUGUCAUUUCUCGUGAUGGCAUGUAUUACAGAGAUCCAAUUAUUGAAUCUGAAUCAUAUUUCAAGGCAUUUAUCAAGGAAUUUAAUGCAGACGAAACUCCAUUCGAAAUUUAUAUUGGAGUUGAUACUACUAGAGAAGAAUAUGGAGAAGCAUAUGCUUCUAAAAAUGGAGAUUACAAUGGAGCAUGUGUAUUACUCAGAUUUCCACAAUCUGCCAAUGAAUGUUGGUUCUUUGGAAUUUGUAUUGUAAAAUUCACAGUUAAUGAACCAAUUCAAGCUGUCUACUGUCCAAUUGGCAAUAAUGACGUUGUGAAUCCAUAUCUCAUGACCGAUUCCAAGUGUUAUUGCAUUGAGGAGUAUGUAAGUGGUGGAAUUCAUUGCAUUGAAAAGGAAAAAGUUGCAAAUCGACCACCAAACGUCGAUAUUCAUGAACAUCUCUCCUCAAACAGAUCAUUGUGGACAAAGAUUGAUACUACCUUCCUCUCUGAAAGAGUAAUUGAUAAGAAUUAUUAUAGAGAUCCUUCUGUUCCACUCAUUUCCAUAUAA